CGUCCAUCAUUUCAAACACACUGGGCUUGUCUUUGCCACGUAAAACUCUAAGGAGGGAAUGCAGCAGUGCUCCAGUUGUCCUAUUAUAGCCCUGCCUUCUUGCUUGGAAUAAGACUUGACACAAGAGCCAUUUGGUUGUCUCAGUUGCUGAGGGUAGAAGGCCAUCUGCCUUACUCCAUCUGAUCUGCCUUUGACACGGGCACUUGCAAAUAGUGAAAGAGCUCCAGAUUUAUUCGAAAUUCUAGCUGCUGACACAGCCCAAGAGGGAGUGAUGUGUUUAAAAUAUUAUAUUUGGACUUUCCCUGGUGUGAGAUAUAAAACCGAAGGCAGGAAUAACACAAAGGUGGCUCUGUAUGGAUGAUGUCUGAAUGAUCAUCUCUGGAAACCUUAACUCAUGUAUUUGUUGGAAAAUGGAAACCCAGACAAAAGGAAAAUCAUGAGGUAGUGGUGAAAUACUGGUGAUGGUCACAUAGGAUGUUAUGGACAUCAGACUGAAGUACGUGCAUUCACCAUGAGCUGCCCGGAGAAACAGCAUGUGAGCCAUAAAGCAAGCAUGCAGCACCCUUCUAACCUGGACAGCUUUAUGGAUGAGACAGACAGAGAGGUUAUGAACCUUACAGACAGAGCCUUUAAGAGUCUGUGCAUCGGUGAUGAGGCAAUCUACAAUGACUCAGAGAUUUUACCAUCUCCUGUAGACUGUCACAAGCCAGUAGCUGAAGAGAGAUCAAAAAAGCUUCGAGAGAACUCUACCUUGGAUGUUAAGAAACUUGGAGCUCACCGGCCCAAUGGUGUGUACAGCACGCCAUGGCUAAUGAAUAAAAACAGAUCAAAGGUGUCAUCACUUUUUGCUGCAUUUGCAGCUAAUAAUGACACAAAAAUGACAAACGGGGACUCAUGGGACAAAUCAGCACUGCUUAGCAUCCAAACAGAGCUAUCGGAGUUUUCUUCAGAUUAUCAAAACCACCUUAAGAGUCACCGUAAGCCCUCUGAGAAAGGGACUGUUAAAUCAAUCCAGGAUAUAUAUAAUUUGUCAGGAAAAUCAUCUAAAAAUCAGCAUAGCAAAUCCACGAAGCUGAGAAAACUGAAUUCCAAAAACUUUUUCCUUCACAGUGAAUUCAGCCCAUUCCAGUCCUGGGGAGACUUAAAUAGAUUUGGACUGGAAAACAUGGAGAUGUUUCCAUGCAAUAGCCCAGCUGGAUUGUAUGAUUCCCCACUUCACAAAAAACUGAACAAUUCAAACAGAUUACGUGUACCAGAGCCAAAUAAAAGAGAGACAAGCCAAAGCACCUCACCUCUGGAACCUCAGCAUAAAUCUAAACCUGAUUUAUCACAAUGCACAGCACAGAUUUUGAAAACUGUACCUCCAGUACCAGAAAAACAUUCUGAGCUAAAUUUCCUGAAACUGCCUGACAUUCAAAUUGAGACUCUUCAGCCACAAGUGCUGCAGACGUCCUCUGGAUCAUUUCAGAGGUGUCAGUCUGAAGGGGACCUUUCUGCUCCUUGGAGAAGAAGUCGAAACAGGGCAAAAGGUGUUGUUCGGCCACUUCUCAGCUCACCUGUCUGCGAAAGGUCAAACACUGGAGAGGAGGGUGCAAUACAAAGUAAAAAGGAGGUUAGAACAGUGGAAGAAACAACUUGCUUAAAUUCAACUCCGUUCAGUAUUUCACAGCUGUUGACUCCAAUCAUACCCUCCAGACAGGGUACAGGAACCUCAGAGAUACUGCAGCCUGUUCUCUCCCCCGCAGCCCUCGAUAUACCAGCACUCCAUGAGACAGAAAUUCGUCCAUCACCUGACAUCAAACGAGAAGGUUAUAAAUCCAAGGCAUCAAGUCUGUUGUUUAAUCUCAAGGACAACAGAAAACGCGUCAAAGCAACAUACAGCCCACCAAAGUUUAAAGGUUUAGAUCCAGCAGACCAAAAUAAACUGUCUCCUCUGAUUGAACAAGAUGUUACCAAAAAUGUUCUGGAAAGUCCAGAAAUCACAGAUUCUAAAACCACUAUUCAAAAAACCACCACGUUUCCAAUGAGUCCUGAGACUGCAGACAUACAAAGCACUCGAUCCAGCAGUCAUAUAAAUAGCACAUUGCCAGAUGACUUUUUGGGACUUAGUCUACUGCAAGCUGGAAAUAGAGGCUCACCUAUUAAGUCUUUGAAAUCAAAAAAGACUAUUUUGGACAAAGUUACGUAUCCAUCUUUAAAUUUGUACCGGAAAUCUAGUUCAGUAGAACUGAAUACUAAAAACACGCCAAUGGAUGUCCCUGGUUCUCAUUCCAUGGUGAAUAAAAGUGCAGAACAGAAGUUCUGCACAGAACAUUUUCCAGAGAAGGAUAGUAAGGAACUGCAAAGAAAACAUCAUUUGACUAAACCAGAAUUAAACAAUGCAAAGCAUGAUUAUACCCACCUGAACCAUGUUGAGACCUCAGACAAGGUGCCGACUGAGAAAACAGAUUCUGUAGCUCUGAAGGAAAACUAUUCUCCUACAGUUUUAAAAAAGCACAGUGCACAACAAGAUACACUGACACCUUCAGGUAGUAGGAAUCAAGACAGAUUGAAUACAGGAAGAAUAUUUAAGGCAGAGGAAAGACCUAUCAAAUCUAAUGAAUGUCACAGAAAAGAAACAAAACCUAAGCAUGUAUUUUCUGCAAGACUAAACAACUACAUUAAAAACCAGAGAUAUGUGAAUGUAAAUGAUGAUAAUGAUGAUAAUGAAUGUGAAUAUUGGCAAGAGAAUGUAAUUUCUGCAGGAAAAGAUGAGCUGAGAAAGAGAGAACUGAAUAUAGAUGUGCAUAAAGGAAAAGUGUGGAUGGAAAAUAUGGAUGAUCCAUCUACCAAAGAAAGUGUUACAAAUGAUAAUAAUAGCAUACCCACAAAGAAUGGUCUGGGUAUAUGCACUGAACAAGGAUUAGCCAAAAAUGAUGCUUUAUCUAUGAAAGGAAACACAUCAGCAAAAAUAGCACUGUUCACUUUAAAGGAACAGCCAUUGAAUACAGUCCCAGGCUCAAAGAAAAAGAACAUAGUAAAGGAUAAGUAUGAGCUAGCCACAGUGGCUUUGGAGAAAAGUAUUGCUGAAAGAGAAAAAAGAAAACAGCAAAGUGAUAGACAAAGCGGACAGGAUUUACCCAUAAAUGGAGACCACAAUCAAGAGAGUAUGCUAGCAUCGAGUCAGAAAGAAACAUCAGACUGGCGAGGUCAGAAGGCCAUUUCUGAUUUUACACCAACUAGCCAAAAUGUUCAAAGCAUGUCAGACAUAGACACCAAUCAUGGUGCAUGUCACGUGCCUGAGGUAAAAUUAGCUGAACCUUAUAAGCAGGAAGGUGCUGUAAAGCACAGUCCAAAUAGAUUGAUAUAUACAGAUAGGGACGGAUCUGACAGACACGGUCAACAAGGUGACACAAGCAAUAUCAAGUCAAUGGCUAAUGUAACUGAACUUAAAGAAAUAGUGUGCAUGUCUAAAAAUAUAAGUCUCGGUCAAGAAACCUUAAUAGUCCAGGACUAUAUUGACAAUAAGCUCAUUAAAGUUGGUGAAGAUGAGUCAUCUAUUCAGAAAAAACCCGAGGCUCCUCCUAGAAGAGAAAGUGCAAAUUCCCAAAGUGAAGACAGUACAAUGAAUGAAAGACAAAGAAAGGAAGACGUAGGGAGUGUUGAGAGAACAGUUAAACCUGAAGAAUUUCUUUGCACAGAAGUCGAGAAAUCUAAUCUACCAAAGGAUAAAGGGCCAGUAAAAGGCCAUGUAUUAUCACUUAUGGAAACAUUCAAUAGAGAACAAGUAGUGCUAAGUUUAAAUGUCCAAGAAUGUUUGAGUCAAGGAGACAGUCUCAUGGUCUACCCUGGAAAUGACUUGCUAAAACAAAAAGCAUUUUCAGCAAAGGAUAUAAUGGGUUCUCCUGAAGUUGAAGGAAUUUUAACAAAACAUAUUCACAAAGCAAGAGAGGCAGAUUCAGACAACAAGAAACUACCUGAUAAAGAUUCAAAAGAGACAAAGCUGGCAAUGGAAAAUGAAGAAUAUCUGCGUGGAGAAAUUUCUGAUAAACAGGGCAUGCAAACUGUUAACAAAGAUGUCAAAAGAAAUGAAGAGGACAACACAGAUGUGUCUAAAACAGAGAAUGAAAGUGCCUCUGAUGUUUUGAGAAAAACAGGCAGCCAAACCGAACCCAUAUGUCACGGUGAAAGCUCUGUCGAAGAGUAUUUAACUGACCAUUUUGGGAAUUCUCAUGAGCCUGAUAAUAAAUCUGAGAAGACACCAACCUCGUAUUUGUUAAACCCUGAUGAUGUUCCAAUGGAAAGGAUAACUCUUUAUGAUAUUCUUGAUCAAGUUGAACCUUCAUCGUUGGUAGAUGUUAAACAAUUGGAACAAGGCAAUCUGGUUUCCAAACCAUCCGAGGACUCCUUUUCACAUAAAACACCAUCACCAUGUCUGAAUAAAGGUGAAGAAAAAAAUUGUGAGAAUUUAGACACAUUUAGUUCCAAUAGCAACCCUGAAAAUAAACCACAUAACUCAGACGUGGCAGUUCCUUCUUCAAAGGAUGUGGAAAAAGGUGGAUGGGUGCACUGUUUGAUAGACUCAGCUCGUAAUCUAACACCAACAUGCCAGUCCAAUGCCUCUUCUCCCACACUAGGAAAACCUGCUUUAUUUAAAGUGAAAGACAACACAUUUAGUGCAUCCCCUGUUACCAAAACAGUAAGACCCAUACUCCAUAAAACUGUUGCUGGAGUUACACAGCCAUGGUCUCCUAGGGAAAGCUUAAGUGGGUCUGAAAGGGGUGAAGAAGAUCCAGACCUUUUCAAGGACGUUGUGGACGUGCAAAUUCCAACUCUGCCUUCCACACCUGUCCGAAUCACCCAGCCAAACCAGUCAUCAAAACAGGUUGCACCCCCUACAUAUUCUCAAUCCACCACAGACCAGGAGAGAAAAGGGCUGAUGGAUAGUUCCACAGUACCAGAAGAAGAGGAGUGGCAAUUGGCUAAAAGCUCAGUUUCAGAGGGAAUAGAAAGUUAUGAAACGUGUGCAGAAGACACUGUGGAGGAGCUUGCAUUCAGCACUGCACCUACAGAAAGCAUAGAGGGACUGAAGGCACCAAGUGAAAGAUCUGAAUCAGUCUGUAGUGGCAUUGAAAAUCAGCUUCAGGGCAAGCCACCUGCUGUGCCUCCAAAAACAGAGAAAGCCCUGCGUCGUGCCAUGAAGCUGACCACAAAGAGGAUCCAGAAAGCUGAAGCUAAAAGUAAAUCAGAACGUGGCCGGAGCAGUGAGAAGGGUUCCUGUCAGAAACGUGAGAGGAGGCACCAAAGUAGUGACAGGGUUCUCAGUGACCGAUCAUACCAACAAGAACAUAGUAUUGACAGAGGUUGCAGUAAUCAAAGCACUGGGGGAAACUGCAAUGAGACAUCUAUUCCAAAGAGUCACACAAGUGAGAGAGAUGCCACACAGCAUGAUAAACCAAACAGCCAUAGGAAGGAGAAAGAUACUGCUAGGAAACUAAAGCAUGGAUGUCAGAGCAGUCUAAUCAAUGUGGAUGGUGAUGCAAAGAGCUGUGUGGCUGAAAAGCAAAAAGCAAAACAAUCACAACACAAAGAUCAGUUUGAUACCCAGAAUAUAAAUGUUGACUGUGAAAGAUUGGGACGUACCAGUGAGAAAUACCUACCACACAAGCUGUACCGCAGGGCUCAUAGUUUAGACAGAUUUUCAAGUGGCAAACAUGAGCAUAAGUUACUUAGCUCUGAUGAUUCUGUCUCUAAAACCAAUACUGAGACAUUAAAGAAUCUGGCCACUGCACAGACAGCACCAAUGCGACGAAAGAGCAUCGAGCAUACUUAUGGCUCUCCAGCAAACAACAUUGUACCACAGUCUUUCCCAAUGACCCAAAGGAAGCUUCUGCAGGAUCUCGAUUCUGGACAGUAUUUUGUAGUGGACAUGCCAGUGCAAGUCAAGACGAAAACCUUCUUUGAUCCAGAGACAGGAAGCUAUGUCCAACUGCCAAUUCAGUCAAUUGAAGGGUCUGUACCACGGGCACAAUCUGUAGAAGUUGUGAACGCACCUCCACUUAUGCUAUAUCAUGGCUUUGUUCCAGUGCCUGUCUCAUCCUUACCAUAACUGAAAUCCACUGUUAAAGCAGGCUCUGUUGUUGUGGCUGCUUACUUUGACUUACUGUAUUUCAAGCCAGUGAGAUAUAAUAGCAUGAUGCCUUUCACGAAAAGCACAAAAGAGAGAGUCAGCCCUACACAUGAGCUGUGCGUGUAUUAAAAGAGCACUUUUUGUUAAACAUAAUCAGUAUUCGAUUGUGUUAGAUUAAAACAGAUGAAAAUAAGUAGAAUUACCUUAUAGACCAAUAAAUGGUCUUGGAAUUAAGGGAGUCUGAAUUCAGGCGUUAGUAUUUUUGUCCUAUAUGAAUAUACAUGUUUUAUACAUGUUUUGCUCCAAACUCUAAAAUACUCUAGUUUCCUUCCUGCCUUUGGUAUUGGCCUUUGGGAUUUUCUAAUGAUUAUGUAUUUUGUGAUGUUUGACUGGGUUAUCAUGUUAUUACAAGAAUGUCUAAAAGUAGUGAUUUUUCCCAGUGAUUGGUGCAAGUGUAUUUAAAAAAAUAAUAAUGUUCACAUUCUUUGCCAUAUUUACUUUUGCAGAGGACAAGAUGCACUGAUUAAAUAAAGAAAGGUAAAAGUCGCAGUAUGUCUUAAAUGGCACAUUUAAAGGUUAAGUUGGACAUUAACUAUGUAUUUGGUGUAUUUAUGUAAUAUUGUGUGUAUUUUGAAAUGAUUGACUGAUUGAUUUUUUUUGGCUGUUGCCAGGCUGUGUUGCUGGCCUCAUUAAAUGUGAACCAUUCCAAUAAAAAAUCUCAAGAAAUGUCUAAUAUUUCAUAUUAAGUAAGGAUGGUCAGCUUUAAGUGACUGGUCUAAAUAAACCCCUGUUUAGGUCAUUCACCGUC